GGCCAAGCUGGCGCAUGCGCCGGGAGGUGGGGCAAAGGGUGGCUCCCUAGACUACCUGCUACUCGGUGUGGACCCCUAGCUGCGGUGCUGCACUAGUAGGGUGACUAGGUCCAGGAUGGCUUCGAACUCGGGGAACGACGGGACCAUGUGCGCGCUGGAGUUCGUCGUGCAGAUGACCUGUCAGAGCUGCGUGGACGCGGUGCACAAGACCCUGCAAGGGGCGGCAGGUGUCCAGAGUGUGGAGGUGCAGCUGGAGAACCAGAUGGUAUUGGUACAGACCACUCUGCCCAGCCAGGAGGUGCAGGCACUUCUGGAAAGCACAGGGCGACAGGCUGUACUUAAGGGCAUGGGCAGCAGCCAAUUACAGAAUCUGGGAGCAGCAGUGGCUAUUCUGGGGAGCCCUGGUUCUGUACAGGGGGUGGUCCGCUUCAUACAGCUGACCCCUGAGCGCUGCCUGAUUGAGGGAACCAUUGACGGCCUGGAGCCUGGGCCGCAUGGACUCCAUGUCCAUCAGUAUGGGGACCUCACAAAGGACUGCAGUAGCUGUGGGGACCAUUUUAAUCCUGAUGGAGCAUCUCAUGGGGGCCCUCAGGACUCUGACCGGCACCGGGGAGACCUGGGCAAUGUCCAGGCUGAUGCUGACGGCCGAGCCAUCUUCCGGAUAGAGGAUGAGCAGCUGAAGGUAUGGGAUGUAAUUGGCCGUAGCCUUGUUAUUGAUGAGGGAGAAGACGACCUGGGCCUGGGAGGCCAUCCUUUAUCCAAGGUCACGGGGAACUCCGGGAAGAGGUUGGCCUGUGGCAUCAUCGCACGCUCUGCUGGCCUUUUCCAGAACCCUAAGCAGAUCUGCUCCUGUGAUGGCCUAACCAUCUGGGAGGAACGAGGCCGGCCUAUUGCUGGUGAGGGCCGAAAGGACUCAGCCCAGCCCCCUGCUCACCUUUGAGCAGGGCCUCACCUUGGGUCUGUCCCUUAGCAGAACACCUUCCAUCUGUGGAGGCCUUGCUUGUGCAGGCCUAGGAGGACUAAGGGCAGGUAGGGGUUGCUAUGAUGUGUCCUUGGCAAAUUAAACUAUUAUUUUCAUAUGGCA